GCUCGGCGGGCAGCGCUGGCUGGCUCCGAUACUUGAGCUCGCUGUGGAUUGUGGGAGUCGGGGACACUGCCCUGCUCGUUACCGGAGAACGGGAGACAUUUUCCGCUGCGCCCUGUUCUAGUCUGACGCUGGUUGCAUCCUCAGCACCAUGUCCAGCCGAGGAGGAAAGAAGAAGUCGACCAAGACGUCCCGGUCCACCAAGGCCGGCGUCAUCUUCCCCGUGGGCCGAAUGCUGCGCUACAUCAAGAGGGGGCUGCCUAAGUAUCGCAUCGGGGUGGGAGCGCCCGUCUACCUGGCCGCUGUCCUCGAGUAUCUCACCGCGGAGAUCCUGGAGCUGGCAGGUAAUGCAGCCAGAGACAAUAAAAAGGGUCGGGUAACACCUCGACACAUCCUGCUGGCCAUCGCCAACGACGAGGAGUUGAACCAGCUGCUGAAAGGUGUGACCAUUGCAGCGGGUGGAGUUCUGCCCAACAUCCAUCCGGAGCUGCUGGCCAAGAAGAGAGGCGCAAAGGGCAAACUGGAGACGCCCGUCUCACCUGCACCCGAGAAGAAACCCAAGCCAGUCAAGAAAGCAGCAGCUAAGAAACUGAGUGGGAAGAAGGCCGGAGGGAAAGCCAAGAAGCAGGGCGAAGUGAGCAAGGCGGCAUCAGCAGACAGCACCACAGAGGGAUCUCCGGCCGACAGCUUCACCGUUCUCUCCACCAAGAGCCUCUUCCUGGGUCAAAAGUUGCAAGUUGUCCAAGCCGACAUUUCCAUCGUGGAGAGCGACGCUGUCGUUCACCCGACCAACUCCUCCCUCUAUUCAGGUGGUGAAGUAGGCUCUGCUCUGGAAAAGAAAGGAGGGAAGGAGUUCACCGAGGCGCUGCAGGAGCUGAAGAAGAAGAACGGCCCUCUGGAGGUGGCUGGUGCCGUGUUGACUGCCGGCUUUGGCCUGCCCGCCAAGUACGUCAUCCAUUGUAACAGUCCGGGUUGGGGCUCCGACAAGUGUGAGGAGCUGCUGGACAAGACAGUGAAGAACUGCUUGGCUCUGGCAGAUGAGAAGAAACUCAAGUCCGUGGCCUUCCCUUCCAUCGGUAGCGGAAGGAAUGGUUUCCCGAAGCAGACGGCAGCUCAGCUGAUCCUGAAGGCCAUCUCCAGCUAUUUCGUGGCCACCAUGUCUUCCACCAUCAAGACCGUCUACUUUGUGCUGUUCGACAGCGAGAGCAUCGGCAUCUACGUGCAGGAAAUGGCGAAGCUGGAGACGAGCUAAAAGUAUGGAAUACUCGCCUCCUUAUCCUUCUUCCCCCUUCCUGUUUUUUCCUGCAAGGAAAGAAGAAGGUGUUUACGAGUGAUUUGUUAAAUAUGAAGAGAAGAAGAAUCUUUCUAAAGGCCGGGAACUUGAUUUUGCAUUAUGUUUGUAUUUUUCCUAUAUUGUUUUUAAUUUCUUAUUUACUUGUCACCUCUGGCGUUUAAAUGUACAAGUGCACUGGUCAUUCUUGCGGUCUUUUAAUACAAGCAGUGCCACACAAAACAGAAUUCAGCAAGUGAGAAGACUCACUGUCAAAUUUAAUUUUCAGGAUAUAUACAGUAAAAAAAAAAAAAAAAGAUGUUAUAAGACGUAGCUACACCUCAAUUACAAGGCUUCCACAGAAGUCCGAUAAAUACGGGUUAAUGCAUGUAAAGGCAGUAAAGAUAUUAAAAAAACCAGAUAUUCUCUUUCUUUUGAGCUCAAUAACACAAGACACGUAAUUGUGUAUUGUAUUUUUUCGUAUCGAUUCAGCGUUUUGGGACAUCUCUGUUGUUAGUACUGUAUAAUGAAAAGGUAAAGAAAAGUUCAGUUGGCUCAACCUUGGUCUUCAGGAGACUCAUAUAACAGAUUAAUGGAAUGAGUUUUUGUUUUUGUGUUGUGUGUUGCAAAUUCCCCUUUUUGCCUUCGUUUAUGAGGCAAAAAGUGUUUUCUUAGUGUUCUGCAGAGACCUUGAAUUUCCAAAAAAAAAAAGAAAGAACAUAAUUAGAAAAACUAAUGAUUAGAAACGUAAAUGAUAUAUCUUGAUGUUAUGAGUUUAUUCUAUAAACUGAACAUCUGUUGGUUGUUAAUACAGUAAAAAAUGGAUUAAUUUAUGACCGAGAGGUGGAGAUUGGAGGUUUUUGCAGUGCACCGAUGAUUUAUAUCGUGUGUUCCUAAUAAGUGUUUAUAUAGAUGGAGUAUUUGUGAAAUGUUAUAGUAAAAUAUUGGACUGUAACAUAGAUUUUUAUUUUCUAUUUUAAUUUUCACACUGAUUCUAAAUGGCACAGGAUUUGAAAGACAAAAAAAUUGUAAGAGGUUGUUUUUUUGUGUGUGUGUUUUCGUCUUUGUUAAGCCAUAAAACAAGUGUACUCAUGUUUUCGCUGGAGGCUCUCUGCUGUUGCUUUUGGUUUUGCUCUUUCAUUCAGCCGCCACCAGAUGGCUCCCUGUAAUCAGCAAUUGGAUUUUUCAUCUCAGCCAUUUUCUGUGCAGCAGCAGCAGCAGACUUCACACAGACGCUGGUCGAUUUGAGUUGGAUUUGAAUUUGGAACUGACAGAUAUAUAUAUAUAUACACAUAUAUAUGAGGAACCCGACUGCUUUGCUGCAUUUGGACUUUUCGACAGCCUAACUUUCUUAUUAAAAAAGAAAAAAUUAAAAUGCUUUCUAAAGAAUUGCUACAAUUGAUGAUUCUACAAAUGGUCUGUACACACUCCGGUAAUAAAAUACCUUUAAAAACA